GUCAUCCUCUUUUUUUGCUAGUCGGCAAAAGUUUCACAAUGUUAAACAUAUUGCCGUUUUUGUUUUUCCUUCUUCCGUUUCUCGUCCGGAACAACCACAUUUGCGUCGCCGAAAAGGUAGGUUUCGUCGGGACAAACGGCACGCAGUUCGUAUUGAACGGAGAACGAGUUUACUUAAACGGCUUCAACGCUUAUUGGAUGAUGACCACUGCGGCUGAUAAGGCGUCUAAAGGAAGAGCCACCGUCACGUCGGCGUUCCGGCAAGCCUCCGCCGUAGGAAUGAACGUCGCUAGGAUUUGGGGUUUCAACGAAGGAGAUUACAUUCCUCUUCAGAUCUCUCCUGGCUCAUAUAGUGAAGACGUUUUCAAGGGACUAGACUUUGUGGUCUAUGAAGCUGGAAGAUUUAAAAUAAAAUUAAUAAUUACUUUAGUCAAUAAUUUCGAAGAUUAUGGAGGAAGACAGAAAUACGUAGAAUGGGCCGGUUUAAAUGAACCGGAUGAGUUCUACACAAACUCGGCUGUUAAACAAUUCUACAAGAACCACGUGAAGACCGUGCUGACGAGGAAAAACACAAUCACUGGUCGAGUUUACAAGGACGACUCAACCAUCUUUUCAUGGGAGCUCAUCAACGAACCUCGCUGCAACGAUUCCACUGGUUCUAACAUCCUACAGAAUUGGGUGAAGGAAAUGGCAAGUUAUGUCAAGUCCAUAGAUUCAAACCAUUUACUAGAGAUAGGACUUGAAGGAUUCUAUGGAGAAUCUAAACCGGAAAGAACCGUUUACAACCCUGGCGGUACGGUCUUAACCGGUACAGAUUUCAUUUUGAAUAACCAGAUACCCGAGAUUGAUUUCGCCACUAUCCAUAUCUAUCCAGAUUCUUGGCUACCAUUACAUAGCUCAAGAACAGGAGAACAAGAUGAAUUUGUGGACAAAUGGAUCGGAGCACACAUAGCAGACUGUGAAAACAUCAUCAAGAAGCCUUUACUAAUAACAGAGUUUGGGAAAUCUUCAAAGUUUCCUGGUUUCAGCUUAGAGGAACGUAACAAGUUUUUCAAAAGAGUCUAUGAUGUUAUCUACGACAGUGCAAGCACCGGUGGUUCGUGUAAUGGUGGAGUUUUCUGGCAACUUACGACCAAUAGAACGGGACUGUUAGGUGAUGGGUACGAGGUCUUUAUGCAACAAGGUCCUAACACUACUGCUCAGCUUAUCGCCGAGCAAUCUAGUAAACUGAGAAACCUCAAGUAUCCUCCAUUAGUCACACAUAGUGCAGAAUGA